AACUAAACGUACAAUCCAAUCCAAUCCAUAACAAUCUUUGAAUACGCUGGAAAGUUUGGAGUUUGGGGCAGUCAGUGGGUCGAGGAAAACCAAAGGAAUGGCACAGAGUAUUCAGCUAUCUCCGGGAGUUCGAAAAGAACUCAUUCGCCCUGGAAAUGGCCCCAGACCUAAGGCAGGUGAUACCAUCACUGUACACUGUACAGGAAGUUUGACCAACCCUCCCAAGAAGUUUUGGAGCACAAAGGAUCCGGGCCAGACACCAUUCACAUUUAAGGUUGGCGUUGGGCAAGUUAUCAAAGGUUGGGACGAGGGAUGUCUUGCAAUGCAGAAGAGCGAAGUAUCAAAAAUAACGGUGUGCGGUGAAAAGGCCUAUGGGGCUAGAGGCUUUCCAGCGUGGGGGAUUCCACCAAAUGCUGAGCUCCAGUUUGAAAUUGAAAUUCUCACCAUCAAUGGUGCUUGAAUUUUGACGCAUUGAAAAAUGAUGAAGGAAGAAUAAAGUCUGCAUGUGACCAAACGUGA